UAUAAAAGGAAAAGAAAGAAAAAAAAAACAGUUCAUACACUUCAUAUUUAUUAUCUCUCUUCGACAAGUCUUCUUGUCGAAAGCUUAGCCCUUCGUUACAACUCAACUUCUUGGCUUUUGAUCCCACACCAAGAGGUCUGAGCUUUCUUCUCUCUCUAGCAUGCAAAAGGGUAGUUUUUAUUUUUGUUUUUCAUGUCUGAAUUGAUUUUUUUGUUCAAGUGUACGGUUUAGUUGACGAGAAAGGUCAAUUGAUGCAUACAGUUUUCAACCCAUUUGUAUUUUUUGCAGGCAGAUCUUCCGGUUUAGUUUAUGUAUGCUCUUUUUUCCUUCCUGCUCUUCUCUGUCUUUUGCUCUGUGCACGUAGUUCUGCUUUGUUGUUUAGCCAGCAUACAUUUCCUUUAUAGCUCAUUUCAUUGCGUGCCUUUUUAUAGAUUAACUGAUAAUAUUGAUUUACAGAUUAUCCUUCAUGCUUGGGAGCUUUUAUUUUCUUAAUGCUGAUUAUUUUGGAAAGGAUUGCUCAAAAUAUGACUAGCACGCAGGAGUAACACAUUUAUCCAAAUAGGCAAAUAGGAUUGUCCUUGUCUUGAAUAAAAGUAAUUAAUAGUUCGUUUUCUUGAAGUAAAUGAGGCAUAUUAUGGAAAAAUAAUGAUGAUCAUAUUUGAAGAAAUGUGUUACUUCUCAUCCCUAAAUAAAUAAACUUCACCUUUACUAUUAAUAUGAUGAACAUAACUUCUUUUAACCUCUAAUUUAGCGUAAUAAAUUUUUGUCAUAUUCAAAAUCAUUUUUUCUCUUCUAUAGUAUAAUUUCUUAGUAUGUUAAUAAUAUUAGUUUAUACAUUAUUGGGGAAGAGGUUAAAGUAUUUUGUUAGAAUGGAUGUGAAUAGAAUUCAAAACGGUAGCAGUUCCCCCCCAGAAAAUAUCCUGCAUUAUGUUUAAUCAUAUUUUAUGCACUUAGGUAUAGUAGAAUUUAAAGGACUAUGGAUGGCACAAGUAAAUCUACUGAAGUCUACACAUCUGAGAGAUCGUCUGGAUCAAACUAUAUUUUUGAAGAUCCUGAACUGUUUCCUCGAGUUGGCACUGAAUACCAGGCAGAAAUCCCUCCUCUUCUGGACAUGUGUGGCUAUGGGCAGCUUGCAAGUGAAUCAUACAAUAUAAGCAUUAAACAUGUCAUUUCAAAUUCUUACCCUAUGGAUUUACCUAUUCCAGUCAUGUGGAUAUAUGAUAAGAGUGAGGACAAAAGAGGCGAGCUUAAGGAUGCUUGUGGUAAUUUAAGAUUUGAAAACAACAAGAAGGGGAGAAUUACUUCAGACAGUGUCAAUGGAGGGACCAAAACCGUCUCGUUGCUUGAUUUUAUGGAGAAUGGGGAAAAAUCAGACGGGAUACAAUGUGUUCCAUCUGUGGUUUUGAGUGAAAUCAUUGGACAGAAAGCUCACACUGAUCAUUGGGAUGGCUGCUAUCUUGUUCCGGGCAUACCUAAUGAAGAUUGGAACGGCAUUGAAUAUUCUAGCUUCCUCCUUGGCUUGUAUAUUUUUGGGAAAAACCUUUCUGUUGUUAGUAGGCUUAUAGGGAGUAAACAAAUGGGAGACAUAUUGUCAUACUAUUAUGGGAAGUUUUACAGAUCUAGAGAUUAUCGGAGAUGGUCUGAUUGUCGCAAGGUAAAAGGGAGGCGGUGCAUAUAUGGUCAAAGAAUUUUCAUGGGCUGGAGGCAGCAGGAGCUCAUGUCCCGAUUGUCGUCCCGUGUCUCUGAGGAAUGUUAUUAUAUGUUGGCUGAGAUCUCUAAACUGUUUGGAGACGGAAAGAUGACGCUUGAAGAGUAUGUAUUCUCUUUGAAAGAGAAGGUCGGCAUCAACAACUUCGUAGAAGCUGUAGCCCUGGGCAAAGGAAAGAAGGAUCUGACCGGAACCGCUUUGGAGUCAACAAAAGCCAAUCCUUCUUUACCUGUCCGUUCUGAAGUUCCUAUAGGAAAAGCAUGCUCUUCUCUUGCAACAACUGAAAUUGUCAAAUUAUUGACUGGCAAUUUUCGUCUAAGCAAAGCUCGAUCCAACGAUCUUUUCUGGGAAGCCAUUUGGCCUCGUCUUUUAGCACGGGGAUGGCAUUCAGAGCAGCCUAGUGAUGUCGUAUAUGCUGGUACAAAGCAAUCUUUAGUUUUUCUUGUGCCAGGUGUCAAGAAAUUUUCAAGAAGAUUAGAGAAAGGAAUCCACUUUUUCGAUUCAGUCGCUGAUGUUUUGCAGAAAGUUGCCUCAUCACCUUCUCUUCUUGAACUUGAAGUAAAUCCAGAUGACGGCGGAAGUCUGAAUGGGAAAUGCUCGACAGGUCCUGAGAUCGGAGAGGAUCCAGAUGUUUCAUUGAAUCCUCGUCGCCAUUCUUACCUCCAGCCACGAAGCUCAACUCAAAAACAUAAUUACAUGACAUUCACAGUUGUAGAUACCAGCUUGUAUACCGGGGAAGGAAUAGUUAGAGUAAGGGAACUCAGGAGUUUGCCUAUUGUCCCUCUCAGUUUCACUCCAUGUGGUCCUCGUAGUGAAGAGAGUAGUUCAGAUAGUGUGGAAGGAGGCUCUGUUGAACCAUAUUAUGGUCAACCAAAUGAUGGUUUUGAUGUACUAAGCAACCAACUGUCAAAUGGACUGGUUUCUGUGGUUAUGGAAGAAGUAAGCACUUUAGACACUCAAUUGCCCGAUAUUUCAUGUUCAAAGAACUAUAAAGAAGAACAAAGCAGUUGUGAUAAGAAUGCCAAUGUCUGCCAAGUGUCUAGCCAAACUAUGGAUGUUCAAUCUAGCCAUGAGGUGAAACUCCAUGAGAUGUCAAAUUUAUCAUCUAUUACCAACUACAAAGAGUCCAGCCAUAAUAGUCAAAGCACGGUGAUAGAUGAAUUAUUAAACAGAGGAGAAAUUGGUCAUUCAUCAUUUGUAGUUGGACUGUCUCAGAGCUCAUUGUCUGGCAGUUCUGCUGCGUGCGACAGUGAAAAAAGUAGUGAAAGAAAUCCAAUUAAGAAUACUCAUGGACCAGCCCAAUCAGUCGACAAUUCUAGUGUCAUUCCUGACAAACAGUUUAUAAAAAAUGUGUUGCAUAAAUGUGAUAAUAUUGUACCUGGUGCGAAACCUUUUUCUACAUCUGAAGGUGUCGCCAUUACAGCAAACCAGUCAGCCAUAGCAAGCAGGAGGCAAAGCACCAGAAACAGGCCAAGUGCUAAAGUGUUGGAGGCAUUUGCAUAUGGAUUCCUUGGUACAAGCAAUAAAAGAAAGGGUGGUAAUGGUUCAACAGCAACAGCUUCUAGGCGGGUGCGUAGGAAGAACAAAGAUUCGUUUCCUUUAGAAACUGUGGCUGCAGAUAAUAGUAAUUUUGUGUGUCACAAGCAAGCAAACAUGGAUGUCACACAUAAUGAGAACUUGGAGAUGCUUGGUAAGUCAGAUAACUUUGUAGUUCACGAGUUUCAGGUGAUGCAGUCAGAUAUGUUGGCUGAAUGAAAAUGGAGGUAACCUUUGAGUUAUUCGUAUUCGGAUCUGUGAAGGUAUGAACUGCAAGUUUUUGUGUUUCUUUUUAUUGAAAGUUUAAAUAUCUGAAACAGAAAGCAUACAGGUAUAGUUUUAUUCUCCUCUUUAGCUGUAAUAAAUUUAGAUUUGAAUUCUACUUUAUUAGGGGUUUAUGCAAAGAAAGAUCAAGUAUCAAUAUAUGUAUCAAAGAGUGCCAGUGUCAUUUUUGCAUUUGUCUAACUAGUAUUCCACUCGUGUGUUGCGUGGCGGAAAUAAUUUGAAUAGAAAAGUUAUCGUCUUAAACCACAA